AUGUCCAAAUCUAGGAAGCGCCCGACUGCUGCCCGACACAAAGCCCCGGCUAGAAAUCAAAACGAUGCUCCCGAUAUUCCAAGAUUUCGGGAUGCCAAUGCAGCCGAAAACUACACAAAGAGCUUGCCGAGAAAAUUUGCAUCCACCAAAUUUGUGUGCAAGCCCAUGCUUAUAUCAUUAGGGGUUCUUGAAGGGGUCACCCAAUUGUUCUGUAACAUUGGGUGUGAAAACCUUCUCAACCUCAUUGCGUACACUUACGAGCUCCCCACUAGAGAGUUUCUUGUUGACAGUGGGUACGAUAACGAAAAAAGAAAAGCCACAUUCCAACUUCUAGGGGACCGAAGGUACAUCGAUUUUGCAAUGAUAAAUGAGAUCUUGGGCUUGCCUUCUUCAAACACAUCCACAGUUUUCGACAUCUUACCUGCUGAGUUCAAUCAUGAGACCUUUCGGACAGAAAUCAUCAGGGGUAUCUUUUCGUGCGCUGAUCGGGAUAAAGCAACAUUUAUCAUUCAUUCGUGCCUCCGCAUUGCCCAUCGCAUCUUGGUGUGUACAGUAUUUGCCCGCAAAGAAGCAGGCCAGGUCACAAAAAAUGAGCUCUUCUUCCUUUGGUGUAUGAUGCAACGUGCAAACCCGCCAAUCCCGGACUUUGCUUCAUUCUUUUUCCACAAAUGCGCACACAUGAGAUCCACAAUGUCCGAUGAUGUUUGCAUUGGGGGAUUUGUCACACUUUUGGCUCGCGGUCUUGACAUCGAGCUCCCAGAUGAAUACCAGCCUGUUGACAACAGAAAUCUUUUGGAUGAGUGUGCUCUCAUAAACAUGCACCACAUUCUUCGCAGGAACAUGAGCAGUUUCACAUGGUAUUGUCCUCAAGGGGUCGGAUAUCUCAUUCUUCCCAGACCCUCGAGUCACAAACUUCACCUUCCAUGA